AUGGCCAUGGAGCUGCUGCUAACAGUCGCAUUAGCUUCCUUGCUCCUCCACGUAGCAAGAGCCACCGUCGACAACACCACCGCAAGCUGCGCUCCGGCGAGAUGCGGGGACCUGAGCGUCACGUACCCGUUCUCGCUCAGCGGCGUGCAGCCGCCGUACUGCGGUUUCCCGGCGCUCCGCCUCACGUGCAACGAUGGCCGCCGCGCCUACCUCGACAGGGCGUUCACGGAGCGCCCGUACCGCGUCCAAGGCAUAUCCUACGACAACAGCUCGCUCGUGGUGUCCGUCGAGGCGUCCACCUUCGCCGGCGACGAGACGUGCAGCAUCCCGGACUUCAACGUCUCCUCCGGCCUCUCCCGCCUCCCGCUCAAGAUGAGCGACGCCAACAGGAACCUCACCGUCGUUUAUGACUGCGAGGUUCCUCGUAGCAUACGACUGCCACGGCCGUGUGCUAACCACACGAUGGGAGCUUACGUCUCCGACGGCGACGGACCAACGACGGGUGUUCCGACGAACUGCAGCUUUCUCAGCGUGCCGGUGCGCUUGUUCCGUGACGACGGAAAGCCGGCCCCUCAUCGCUACGACUACGAGGGACUGAUCAGCGAUGGGUUCCUCUUGGAGUGGACGGCGGUGGGAGACUGCGCUGCGUGCAAACGGAGCGGAGCAGAGUGCAGGUUCGUCCAACAAUCGUUCCAGUGCUUCUGCCGCGACGAGUUGCUCUGCUCAACCACGCCUCAAGGUAUCGACGGUACGGCCAGGAAGAUAAUCAUAGAGGUUAUAAAGAUAACAUAUUUCCUUCGUAGUAAGCUUGGAAAAGGCAGUUAUGGUACAGUUUUCAGCGGAAGGCUGGACGAUGGUCAUCUUGUCGCUGUUAACUUAUUGCAUCUCUCCAAAGGAAAUGGAGAGGACUUUGUGAAUGAGGUCAUGAGCAUUAGCAGAACAUCCCAUGUUAACAUUGUUAGCUUGCUUGGAUUUUGUUUGGAAGGUUCGAAACGAGCUCUUAUAUAUGAAUACAUGCCUAAUGGUUCUUUAGAUAAGUAUAUUUAUGCAGAGAACCACAAAGGAAUUUUAGGAUGGGACAAACUGUAUAAAAUUGCAAUUGGAAUUGCCCGUGGGCUAGAAUACUUGCACCAUAGUUGCAACACACGUAUUGUUCAUUUUGAUAUCAAGCCUCAAAACAUCCUUCUGGACAAAGAUUUCUGCCCAAAGAUUGCAGACUUUGGUCUAGCCAAAUUGUGUGGCACAAAAGAGAGUAAGCUUUCAUUGACUUAUCCUAGGGGAACAAUUGGCUUUAUUGCCCCUGAAGUUUUCUAUCCAACUUUUGGAAAUGUCUCAACAAAGUCAGAUGUUUAUGGUUAUGGAAUGAUGUUGCUGGAGAUGGUGGGGAGGCGGAAAAAUGUCGAAGCGAUGGAUGAGAACUCCAGUAAAAUGUAUUUUCCAGAUUGGAUUUAUGACCACUUUGCUCAAGAUGAUGGAUUACAAACCUAUGAAAUCGGAAGUGAAUUUGAGGAAAUGGCAAAGAAGAUGACCUUAAUUGGUUUAUGGUGCAUACAAUUAUUACCUAUGUAUCGUCCUACAAUAACGAACGUUUUGGAUAUGUUCGGAAGGAGAUUAGAUGAAUUAGACAUGCCACCAAAGCAAAACUUAUGUCAAAUAAUCGAAGAUUCAGCUCACAAUUUGAGUGUAGAAAAUGCAAGUGCUACAAACCCUAGUAACGCAAAGGUGCCUUCAGGUUGUGGACAGCCUGGUGCAAGGAUGAUAGUGAAACCACUUAUUAGGCCUAAGCCUGGGUUUGCUUAG